AUCAGUAGAUUGAAUGCGUCUGCGCAACCUACGUCACAUCCGGAGAUUUUCUAUUGACAGUUAAGAGGGCGGAUCUCUUCUGGGAACUUUUUUUGUUUUGAAUUUUUUUUCCAAAUAAUUUUUUCAUCACAUGAAAUCUUUGGAUCUUAUCCAGGUUCGGCUGCAAGGACAACACAACGUUGCGUCUUUGUGACGAUAGCGCUGCAGUGAAGGAGACAGUUUGGAUCUUCAGUCCAAAUGGGGAACAGCGCUCUCAAAUCCCACCUGGAAACGGCUCAGAAGACUGGAGUUUUCCAGCUCACUGGAAAAGGACUUCCUGAAUUUCCCGAGGAACUGCAGCGGCUUACAGCAAACCUACGAACUGUAGACCUGUCUGACAACAAGUUGGAGUCACUUCCUCCCUCCAUUGGAAACUAUGCACAGCUCCGGAGUUUGACCCUCAACUCUAACAGACUGGGUGGCCUUCCUACUGAAAUCGGGAAGCUCAAGAAAUUGGAGACACUGAGUCUAAGCGGCAACCGGAUCCAGCAGCUACCAUCCACCCUGGACCAGCUCAAGGCCCUUCGGACCCUCAUCCUUGCCGGGAACCGCAUCUCGGAGUUCCCCACCGGACUAGGAGCGCUGAGACACCUGGACCUGCUGGACUUGUCCCGAAACAAGAUUCAGAGUAUUCCACCAGAGGUGUCAGAGCUUCAGGUUAUUGAGAUCAACCUCAACCAGAACCAGAUCUCGCUCGUGUCUGCGGAUGUCUCUCGGUGUCCUCGCCUUAAAGUUCUUCGCCUGGAGGAGAACUGUUUGGAACUGGCCGCCAUUCCGCUAGCCAUCCUGAAAGAGUCACAAGUGUCUCUCUUCUCAGUGGAAGGAAACCUCUUUGAGGUGAAGAGUAUGCGGGACCUGGACGGGUAUGACAAGUACAUGGAGCGUUUCACCGCCACCAAGAAGAAGUUUUCCUGAAGGCCAACACCAACUCUUCCUGUUUUUCUGCUGCUGGAAAAUUGGAAGUAGUAGAAGCACUGAGUGACCAUGCAAGUGUAAUUCCCGCCAACCCCGCCAGGAACUAGCUUGUUACCACCGCUGCAAACUCGCUUUGGCCGCCCAGACGAACGAAGUGGAACAGCAACACGUCCUUUUAGCGUCAAUGAAGCCAUUGCGACCUCUAGUGGUGCUUUCAGAGACAAGAGGGACCUUUUUAAUCCACCAAGGACACACUAAGAUGUUUGACUAUAUUGUUUAUUAAUAACAACCAUGGUCGUAAUGCAUUUUUUAUUUUUAUAUUUACAGUUAAUUUAAUUUGUUAAUUCAUUUAAAGUAUGCUGAAUAGAUUAAAAUGUAAAUUGCAUUGUUGUUCAAGUAGCUUUGAUUUUAUUUAACAAUCAAGUACAAGUUCCAUCUAAAAUUAUUAUUAUUAACCAAAUGCAUCUCUGAAUGAAAAUAAAUGAAAUCAUUAAAAAAAAAAACUUUACAUUUCUGUGAUUAAAAAAAAAUAAAAAAUAAAAAAGGAAAGGUUUAUUUAUUUUAUUUUUACGUAUUCAUUUUAAUUAUUACUUCACCAAUCAAUUAUUUUGGACAAUAUACUUCAAAUGUUGUGUACGCAUAGAAAAAUGUAUUACUAAUACAUUUACAGUCAAUGAUUUUAUGAUUUAUAAGUAAAUAAAUUUAAAAUAAUUAUUGAUACUGUACCAGCGUGUUUGCAUCAGUGGAGAGAGGUUUGAUCAAGGGCGUAGGUUUGCAUAGGGACGGUUGGGACAAAGCACUACCAACUUUUCAGGAUGCUGAAAUUGUCCCCACCAACUUUUAAGCAACUUUAUUUGCGUUAUGUAAUGACUUCAGUUAUAUAGGUCAUUUAUAUUGUCUUCCCAUAUGUUUUAAUUGUUGUAAUUGACCCCACCCUUAUUAAGUGAAUUAUUUUCCAUUAUGUUUAGAUUUACAUGUACAUCUUUUCGCUUGCUGAAUGUGCCGGUCCAUUUUUAUCCUCCUAAACGCAGCCAUUGUCAGAAAUGUAAAAAGACAUCAUUGUUUUAGAAGUGGGGAACACUCCAUUAAUUUUGCUACUGUAGGUCCGACCUGCAUCAGUGCUAGCAUAUCAUUAAACUGUGUGAACUUGCUAACCUGCAAAACUCAAGUAGGAAGUUAAUUCGAGAGAAGUGUCCUUCUCUUUGUGUUUUCUGCUGUUAACAUUAAAUAAACUGAGAAAUGUAGUGAACUCUUCUGGAAACUAUGGAACUAGAAAAACGUUAGCAAGAAGCUGCUUGGAGAGAGAGGGGUGCUGCAUAACCUCAUAUGUAGCUCACACAACACAACAUACCAAGGGCGUAGGUUUGCAUAGGGACAGUAGGGACAUAACACUACCAACUUUUCAGCAUGCUCAAAUU